CAAAGACACACCAUCCAGCCGUUUCAAACGACGCCCGGGGGCUCCACGCUCGCUCACGAGUCACGCCCACGCCACGCUGCCUGCCUGCGCCGCGCUCUCCGCUUCCCGAUUCGUUCGAAUCCCCUGUCCAAAUCGCACCCAGAAAGGCCUCCGAAUCCAAAUCCACCCGUCGCGAUUCAAACGAGCGCCCCCGCUUCUCGCUCCCCUCUCCUACCCGUAGCCCCCUCGCAUCGCGCGCCGCCGCCGCCGCCGACUCCUUGUCGUGGCCCGUGGGAGGGGGGCGGGCGAUGGAAACCCUAAUGGUGGACCGCGUCCACAGCAGCCUCCGCCUCUUCAUGAACCGCAACGCCGUCUUCCUCUGCGAGCGCCUCUGCGCCCAGUUCCCCGCCGAGACCAACCUGCAGUUGCUAGCAACUUGCUACCUCCACAACAACCAGCCCUAUGCUGCAUACCACAUUCUGAAAGGUAAGAAGCUGUCGGAGUCCCGGUACUUGUUUGCUAUAUCGUGCUUUCGGAUGCACCUCCUGCGGGAAGCUGAAGAAACUCUGUGUCCAGUCAAUGAACCAAACAUUGAGGUUCCGAAUGGCGCAACAGGACAUUACCUUCUUGGACUAAUAUACAGGUACACGGGCAGAGUGGCAGCUGCAGCUGAACAAUUUACACAAGCUUUGACUCUCGACCCUCUUCUAUGGGCAGCAUAUGAGGAAUUGUGUAUACUAGGUGUUGCUGAAGAUGCGAAUGAAUGUUUUAGCGAAGCAACUGCUCUACGUCUCCAGCAGGAACACACAUCUACAUCAAAUCUGGAGAAGUCAAACUUUGUCAAUGAAAAUCGAGUUCUUUCUUCCAAUGUGUCAGCAAGCCUUGUGGAUAUAAGCCCUAAGCAAAUAAAACAACUGCAUGCUAACAACACAGCUGAAAUACCUGGUUAUCCUCAUGUAAGAGCAACUGCGUUGCAUGUGCAGAACAGUAUACCAUCUAAUGUAGGACAGUUUGACAGCCCAUCACCAACUGUAACACAGACUUCUGGUAUUGUUCCACCACCACUCUUUAGGAAUCUCCACGCUUACCAGAAUAUGACAAGUGGUGAUGCUCCAGCCAAACCAAAGGUUGCAGUGAACCAACCGCUAAGAAGAAAAUACCUGGAUGAAGCAAGGCUGAAGAAGACUGAAGACUCUUUUCAGGUUACUGGAAGGCUCUUUAAUCAGAGCAGUGAUUCAGUACCUCGAAGAAGUGCAAGACUUUCUAGAGAUACUCCAAUAAAUUCAAAUUCAAAUAUAUCUCAGUUUGGAGGAAACGGAACAGAUCACUCGUCAGGUAAAUUGCGAGCAAACUCGUCCACAUCAUCAAAAUUGUGUUCAACAGCCGUACGUUCCGUGCAAGUUAGGAAAGGAAAACCACGGGCUACAGAAAAUUUUGAUGAAGGAAGCAGGUAUGAAGCUGUUGAUGAAAUGUGGACAGAUAAUAUAGCAGCACCCUCAUCUUCUGUUAGUAUAGUUGAAGGAAGAUGUUUUGAGCAAGAUAAAGCUGAGCGAAUCCUGUCGCAAGAGUCCAAAUUAGCAACUGGUAUCAGGGAGCUAUUGGGACUUUUAAGGACACUCGGAGAAGGCUAUAGGUUAUCUUGCUUGUUUAAGUGCCAGGAAGCACUGGAAGUCUACAGAAAACUCCCAGAGCCACAAUUUAAUACUGGAUGGGUUCUGUGCCAGGUGGGGAAGGCAUACUUUGAAUUGGUUGAUUAUCUAGAAGCUGACCAUUUCUUUGAGUUAGCACAUCGACUAUCACCGUGCACGCUGGAGGGAAUGGACAUCUACUCCACUGUUCUUUAUCACUUGAACGAGGAAAUGAGGCUAAGUUACCUUGCUCAGGAGCUAAUUUCUGUUGAUCGACUGUCUCCUCAAGCAUGGUGUGCGGUUGGAAAUUGCUUUUCCUUGCGGAAAGACCACGAGACUGCUUUGAAAAACUUCCAGCGUGCUGUGCAACUUGACUCGAGAGUUGCUUACUCUCACACUCUAUGCGGUCACGAGUUUUCUGCAUUAGAGGACUACGAGAACAGUGUUAAAUUCUACCGAUGUGCACUUCAGGUAGAUGAAAGGCACUACAACGCCUGGUAUGGGCUUGGAGUGGUGUACCUUCGCCAAGAAAAGUUUGAGUUUGCUGAGCAUCAUUUCAGAAGGGCAUUUCAGAUAAACCCUCGCUCUUCGGUUCUUAUGUGCUAUCUUGGGAUGGCCUUACAUGCUCUACAGAGGAAUGAGGAUGCUUUGGAGAUGAUGGAUAAAGCUAUAUUUUCUGAUAAGAAGAAUCCACUUCCCAAGUAUCAGAAGGCUUUAAUCCUGGUAGGCCUUCAAGAUUAUCCGGAAGCUCUGGAUGAGUUGGAGCGGCUAAGGGAGAUUGCACCUCAUGAGAGUAGUAUGUAUGCACUUAUGGGGAAGAUAUACAAGCAACUGAAUAUUCUUGACAAGGCUGUAUUUUGCUUUGGCAUUGCCCUGGAUUUGAAACCUCCUGCUGCUGACCUUGCUAUAAUCAAGUCUGCAAUGGAGAAAGUACACCUACCAGAUGAACUGAUGGAUGAUGAUGACCUGUAAGUUCACUUUAGAGCACAAACUGAGAAUGGAACAUUUACUCGGAUAUGAUGCCCUGCUUGUGCUUUCCGAAUCCUGCCCUGCUUGUGCUUUCCGAGGGAACUCGGUUCUUCAAGGAAGAAAGCACAUCAUGCUGAAUCAGGAUGUACUGCUCCUGUGGAUUAUCUUGGGGCAUUAGUGUACCAUUAACCAUCCAGUUUUGUAGCAUUAGCUGUGACCUGUAUACUGACAGCACCACCACAGCACCUGUAGUAGUUUAGGUGUACAAGUUGAGUGUUGGCACUGUGGCCUGUAUCAUUGUAGUACAACUGUCCAAUAACCAAAAGAAUUCUUCGAGAAAUAACGAAAAUUAUUUGUGGAUUCAUGCUGAAUCAAACAGAUCGUGAAAUGCAACAAUUUACCUUUUGGGUCUCACUAUUCAAA